CUUCACUCUGAAAUUGUGUCAGCCUUCCCGCAUUCCACAUUCCCACAGUCCCACAGUCUCAAGCUUCCCCAUUUCCAGCCGCAACUAGACAUCACUAGAGUUUUACGGUAUUCCGGCUCCUAUUUUCAAAUCAAUUAUAGCCGUCUUAUCCCUCUCGUGUCUUCUGUCAGGCCCAAUGGCGCAAGGAGGGAGACCAAAGCCCGCACUGGAUGUCCUCCAGAGUAUGAUCAAUGCUGUCCUGAUAGAGACCGGCAAAGCCCUUCGACCUUCGAAUAAGGACAGCGGCAGGACCCCCACAACAGUAAAUACCAGGCUAAGGACAAUCAUCCCAAGUGCAGUUGAAAACUUUCAUACCGCCCUCGAUGACCUCGAGUGUGACAUUCUUCGAGCGAAGUCGGUGCUGUUGAGAGACUUAGACGAGUUGCGCGCAAAGCGAAUCGCAUUAGAGAACCCCGUACCAAUACUGGAAGAAGCUGUGGAGAAAAAAGCUGUGGAGACAAACACAUCGAACGAGGACAGCAAGACUGUGCUUGGGGACGAACUAUACACUUCUCCAUUGACUACCAUCAAAGAGGAGAAGGGGACGAGUAGCCCGGAAAAGCAAACGUCAAAUGAGCCGCCACAACCAUCAAGACCGGAGCCUUCAAAAGAGACCGCCACUCAGUCCCCGGAGGACACGAAAGUUCCUCCUCAGGGUCCUACCCCUCCAGCUUCUACAAAUGAUACAAGCCAAGAUACGAAACCAAUUGGAUUAGGCAUAAAUACCGAGGGAACUCCAGCUGCGGACGGAGGAGACGCACAGAAUUCUGCUAUUGAUUCCCUAUUCGAUAUGCCAGAUGAUAAUGAGAAUGGGGACUCUGCCCUAAAUUUUGACGAUAUGGACUUCUCUCUGGAUACAACAACGCAAAUUGAGGACACUUCACAGACCCAGAAUAACGACUUCGACUUGUCGAAUUUUGGAAAUUCGAAUCCUGGUCAGAGUGACACAAAUACAAAUGCGAAUGCAGAUCAGAGUCAGAACCAGAAUCAGAGCACAGGUGACCAGAACAAAUUGGGGGACGACCUGUUUGCGAUGGUGGGUGGAGGCGAUGGCAUGGAUUUAGAUUUGGAUAUGGGAAUGGCUGGAGCAGAAGAUAGUGUCUUUGACGAUAUGUUCUUUGGAGGAGGAGAUGAUGAGGGUAUGAGUGGGGGUGGUGAAUUGCAGCAUGGAGAGUUCGACAAUGCUUUCUUUGGAUUGGAGGAGAACUGAAUUAACACGAAGUAUCUGAAAUGUAGAGUAUCUUGUGGACAACUAAGCGUUUCGUGGAAUGUACGCUGAGUAUCUUUCCUAGCAAUGAUCUUACUAUUCCAAAAUCUAUAAACAAAUUGACGACACGUUUUGGGGUAGGAUAUACCUCAUCUACCCAG